AUGACGGCGCCCAAGCCUGGCGGGGGAGCGGCGGCCGCGGCGCGGGCGGCGGCGGCGGCGGCGGGGCCCAGGACGGUGCUCAUCACGGGGGUCAGCAGGGGGCUAGGCCGGGCCCUGGCGCUCGAGCUCGCGCGUCGCGGGCACGCGGUGGUCGGCUGCGGCCGCUCCGCCGAGCACCUCCGCUCCCUCGAGGCAGAGAUCACGUCGCCGUCGCGCCACUUACUCACCGUCGCCGAUGUCAGGUCUGACAGCAGUGUGGCCGAGCUGGCAAAGGCUGUUGUGGAAAAGAAGCAAGUUCCAGAUAUUAUAGUAAACAAUGCUGGUACAAUAAACAAGAAUAACAAGACAUGGAAUGUUCCAGCGGUUGAUUUUGAUAUGGUGGUCGAUACAAAUAUCAAGGGAACAGCAAAUGUGCUUCGCCAUUUCGUACCACUUAUGAUAGAGAAGAGACAUGGGAUUAUAAUCAAUCUAUCCUCUGGUUGGGGAAGAUCUGCUGCUGCAGAGGUUGCUCCAUAUUGUGCUUCGAAGUGGGCGAUUGAGGGCUUAACACGCUCGUUGGCUAAAGAGCUGCCUCCUGGAUUGGCAGCCAUUGCUCUUAGCCCUGGUGUCGUGAAUACUGACAUGCUUACUUCAUGCUUUGGAAGCUCAGCCGCAUUAUAUCAAACAACUGAAACAUGGGCACCCAAGGCAGCUACAAUGAUACUAAGCCUUUCACUCGACGAUAACGGUGCCUCCUUGACUGUAUGA